AUGCUUCUCAUUAAUAGCGAUAAAGAAUUAUCACAAAUUGAGCCACUUCCACCAUUACCUGACUUUCCCAAAGACGCUGAAAGAAAACCUUCAAUCACAGAUUUAGUUCAAACAACAUAUUCGCCAAUCUCACCAAAUGCCGAUCGAAAUAUUAUCAAACAAUUGGGAGAUUGUGAUGAAGAAUUUCGACUUAGUGUCUCGCAUGAAAACAACAACGUCUUAUGGGAUCUUCAAGAGUUUGCGAAAGCUGGAAAACUUCUCAAAACACCACCCAUGGAAGUUGAAUUUUAUGAUGAAUAUGAAAUGAGAAAAUUCGGUGUAUGUCGUGAAAAAUCGACUAAAGACAAACAUGAUAUUGGUUUCAGUGAGGGUGACAAGGAAGUUUGA